AUGGACAACACGAGCAAGAUCAAAUGUUUUCUUUUUGAUUCAAAUGCAAAGGAUAUUGUUAACCAGUCUGCUGAUGAAAUUUUAAAAGGGACAUACGAUGCGUAUGAGAUACAAGAUCCAGAUGUCGUUCCUGAUGCGCUGCAAAACUUGGUUGGGAAGACUUUUCAGUUUCUAAUUUGCGUUAAGAAAGAAAAUCUUUACGGUGGUAGUAAUACAUACAAGGUCGGAAAUGUUUGGAAAGGCAAUCAGGUUUUGACUACCACCAUUGAUGAUGCGAAUGAAUCUGAAGAUGGGGGUGAUCAGAGUUUACUCAUGUCUGGCGAUCAGGCAUCACUGAUGAACACACAUAGCCAAGAGUCUUCGGAUGAUGUUUCUGGCAAUAUCAAAACUCCUUUAGCAAAGCGUGAGCGUGAUGAUCUUAAAGAUUCAGUCGACUCAUCCUCAUCGUCUAAGAAGUCAUGUAAUAGUGGGAAUAGUGUGGAAACAACAUAUGCUAAUGAAGUGAUUGAUGAGGAUACACUGAAGAGUGAUGGUGUUUUGGUGAACGCUCUUCUUACAAGUGAAUCCAAUGAAGGGGUUGCAAAGGGACGAACUCGAGGACGUGGUGGUGGUAAAGUUGUUGGCAAAGAGGGAGGCAAAAAUGGGAAGAUGUGA